UCCCCCUCCCUCCCCGUCCUCUCGCUAACCUCCUUCUUCUCCUCCUUUAACCCUCAGAAUUUCUCUCCACAAAAAACCCUAACCUUCCCUUUCUCACAUUCCCCCAAAAUCCAGCCUCAAUCCCGGUUGAAUGAAUCUUCUCCGCCGCCGCCUCCUCCUCCAUGCAAGCUUUUCCCUCUCCCAACCAUGCCUUUUAGCCGCUCAAUGCGCUCCCAUUCCCUCACCAAUCCGCCUCCAUUAGCCGAGAGAAUCACCGAAGAGCCAAUCACCAACAAAACCGCUCAGAGUACCGUCACCUGCUUCUACCAGGCCAGCAUCUCCGGAUUCUGGCGCAACGUCACCGUCCUCUGGUGCAAGAAUUUGAUGAAUCAUACUCUAACCAUCACAAUCUCAACUCUCGAAGGCGAUUUCCAUUGUAAUUACAAGAUCGACAUCAAGCCUUGGCAAUUUUGGAGCAAAAAAGGUUUCAAAUCCCUAGAAUUAGACGGUAAUCAAAUCGAUAUCUAUUGGGAUGUCCGUUCCGCCAAAUUCUCCACCGGUCCUGAGCCUUGCUCUGAUUUCUACGUCGCCUUGGUUGCUGAUGAGGAGGUCGUAUUGCUCUUAGGCGAUUACAAGAAAAAGGCUUACAAACGGACGAAAUCGAGACCUGCGCUUGUGGAAGCACUUUUGAUUUACAAGAAGGAGAACGUUUUCGCGAAGAAAUGCUUCGCUACGAGAGCGAGAUUCGACGAACGCCGGAAGGAAUGCGACAUUGUGGUGGAGAUUUCCGCUUCCGGUGCGAAAGAUCCCGAGAUGUGGAUCAGUAUCGAUGGGGUUGUAAUGGUUCAGGUCAAGAAUUUGCAGUGGAAAUUCCGGGGCAAUCAGACGGUUGUGGUUAACAAGCAGUCGGUUCAAGUCCUGUGGGACGUUCACGAUUGGCUGUUUAGUACUCCGGGUACGGGUCAUGGGUUGUUCAUUUUCAAACCCGGCCCACCCGAGUAUGAGAGCGAUAAGGAAGGCAGCGGCCGCGGCGUCGGCGUCGGCGGUGGUCCGGAGGGGAGCGAGGACGGCAGUGUUUAUUACUCGACUCGGAGCAUGAACUCGUCUCACCUGGCGGAUUUCUGCCUUUUUCUUUACGCCUGGAAAUUGGAAUGAUUAAUUUAAAAAAUAAUAAUCAAACAAAAAAAAAGAAAAGAAAAGAAAAGAAAUUCAAAAUUCCGAAACUAGAGAUUGCACGUACUAAUUAAUUAAUUAAUUAAUUGAUUGAUUGAUUAAUUAAAGUAUUGUGCAUGUCACGUGACUUCUCCGUAUAUAUGUACGUAUGUAUGUAUAUAUUGACAUGUUGACCAUGCUUUUCUCGAACAAAAACGUCUUAGAAAAAAGGACCUCUUGACCAUUGUGAAUUACGUGUAAUCGAGUUUAUAUCAAAUGUAUAGAUUUG